AUGUUCCAUCAGGUUCUAGUGGAACCAAAGGAUCGGGACGCAUUGCGAUUCUUAUGGUGGCCAAAUAAAAACCUUUCUGGAGAAAUGGAAGAAUACCGAAUGACGAAACCUUUAUUCGGAGCAACGUCUUCUCCAAGUAUAGCCAAUUUCUGUUUGCGUAAGACAGCCGAGUUGUAUCAACAAGAAUACGACUCACUAGCAGUAGAAACGGUGAAACGUAACAUGUAUGUCGAUGACUUGAUGAAAUCAAUAAGCGAACCAGAGAAAGAAAUAAGUUUAGCGAGUCAAUGGCGUCAACUAUUGAAAAGGGGAGGAUUCCGUCUUACAAAAUGGUACAGCAAUAGUAGGAGCUUAAUAGCAACGAUUCCCGAAACUGAGAGAGCAAAGUCCGUAAAGAAUUUAAAAUUGGAUAAGCUUCCCACAGAAAGUACUCUUGGAAUAAAGUGGAACACAGAAGAAGUCAUGUUUGUGUGGGUUGUUGCUGAAAGAAUGUUGCAGUUAGAAAACGAAGGUCCCGUCACUCGACGGAAGAUAGUGUCAGCAGUAUAUUCGCUUUUCGAUCCCUUAGGCCUUAUUGCUCCGUUCGUUAUGAAGGCGAAGUUAAUACUGCAAAUGCUUUGUAGAAAGCGACUUGGAUGA